AUGACUCAGACCACCGCGGACGAAGCUCAGCAGGAUUCGCAAAAUGUGUCACUAGAAGUUGACAAUGCCUCUGUUGCUUCUGUCUCUGGGCAACAAGGCAUUUCCCCCGCUGCCAAUCCUCACCAAGAAGAGCCUGUGGAAAAACCGGUGCAAGAUCAUAAUAUCGUAUUGCCUGAAAUUCAACACUCCAGGGACGUCUCUGUAGUUUCAGUUGGGCAAACUAAUCUGAAAUCGACUGUAAGUCUGGUAAAGAGCACAUUCGAAUCUAUUCUUCGAGAGAAAGAUUUGAAGAAACACACGAACACUCAAAAAGUCCUGGAGAGAAGUGUGAAGAAGCUACAAGAAUCUAUGGACACCACGAAUAACGACCCCAAAUUUUUGGACUCUAUCUUAGUUUUCGAAGCUUUGCGGUGCAGUUGCCGGACCCGGUCGACACCGAUUGUAAUCAAGGCCUUGGAUUGUCUAGCUAAACUUUUCUCCUUCCAGGCAUUAGAUGACUCUAUUACCGUGAACCCUCCUGACUCAAUGGCAUCUAACGAUCAGCAAAACGGGGCUGCAGCGGGAAUUACUCCGCCUCCUAAGCAGCGGCUUAUAGACGCUGCUAUCGAUACUAUCACGGAUUGUUUUGAGGGUGAAGGCACAGACGAACGUAUUGAAUUGCAAGUUUUACGUGCGCUAGCAAGCUGUAUUUUGAACGAAGAGUCUGGAACUAUGUGUCAUGGAGGAUCACUUCUGAAAGCUAUUCGCCAGAUUUACAAUAUUUUCAUCUUUUCUCUAAGCUCUUCUAAUCAAGGAAUUGCACAAGCAACUUUAACUCAAAUCGUUAAUUCUGUGUUUGAUAAGGUCAGCAUUGGACUCGUAAGUCUAAAUUCAAGAUCUUUAUCGAAGGCGAAUCUACGAGCCUCCAUAUCAGAUGGGACUGAUGUUUCCACCGCUACAUCCGAGAUAAAGCCUUUAACUUUACAAAAUUUGGACAAUUUGAAUGACGAAGAAGAACGUAUAGUGGAUGAACAGCAGCAAGAAGAGAUUUCAGACGAGCACGCACUCAUUGUAAAAGAUGCGUUUUUGGUGUUCAGAGCGAUGGCAAAAAUUUCUGCAAAACCUCUAGAAAAUGAUUUGGACAUGAGGUCACACGCAGUCAGGUCAAAGCUUCUAUCUCUGCAUAUCAUUCACUCCAUAAUAAAGGACCAUAUCGAUAUUUUUCUAUCUCACGAUAUCCUUCUUCCUGGUAAGGAGCACACCUCUUUGGUAGAUGCUGUUCGUCAAUAUCUAUGCCUUUCAUUGUCUCGUAAUGCUGCGUCGCCCAUUUCUCCUGUUUUUGAAAUCACUUUAGAGAUCAUGUGGCUUCUCAUUUCUAAUUUGAGAUCCGAGUUUAAGAGAGAAGUUCCAGUCUUUUUGACUGAAAUUUACUUUCCAAUAUCUGACUUGAAAACAUCUACGCCGCACCAAAAGAGAUACUUCUUAAGUGUUAUCCAGAGAGUAUGUAACGAUCCGAGAACCUUGAUUGAGUUUUACUUAAACUACGAUUGCGACAGUCGUAUGCCUAACGUCGUUGAGAUUAUUGUCAACUAUUUGACUAAAAUGGCAUUGACAAGAGUCGAGAUCACUCCAUCACAAAGAGCCUACUAUGAUGAACAGCGCACAAAACCUCUCGCAACAUACAACUUAUCCCAGUUGCCUUUGCUGUCUAUCUCGAAUCUCUCGUCCUCAAGUGCUGUUGAUAAUACAACUUUGCCAUUCCCCGUCGAGUUUGCUCUCAAGAUGACAUCUCUCAACUGUAUGGUUGCAGUCCUAAGAUCUUUAAGCUCUUGGGCUCAUAAAGCGCUGAAUCCAGCGGCCCCGCUGACAUCGCGUACAAGAAGCGCGUCAGCUACUACUCUCGCUGCCGGGCAUGGUAGAAUGCCAUCUUCCACACGCAGUUCAUUCGUCGAGAUGAGCGACGCUGUCAACGGUCAAGUUAAUGGCGACCAAGAUAGUCGUGCACAAUCUGAAAGCACAGAUGAACUAGACGACCCAGCACAAUUUGAAAAUUUAAAACUUCGCAAAACAGCAUUAAUGGACUGUAUCAAAUUAUUCAACUUCAAACCGAAAAAGGGUAUCAAAAAGCUAAUAGAAGGAAAAUUCAUCACCGAUGAUUCUCCCAAGUCUAUUGCAAGAUGGCUUCUGGACACCGAUGGCUUAGAUUUGGCAGCAGUAGGUGACUUUUUAGGUGAAGGCGAUGAAAGUCAUAUUGCCAUCAUGCAUGCGUUUGUGGACGAAUUUGACUUUUCCCAUUUGUCGCUUGUAGAUGCUUUGAGGGUGUUUUUACAAAAGUUUAGGUUGCCCGGUGAAGGUCAAAAGAUAGAUCGUUUUAUGCUAAAAUUCGCCGAAAGAUUUGUUGAUCAGAAUCCGGGACUGUUUGCAAAAGCCGAUACAGCAUACGUGCUAUCAUAUUCGAUCAUUAUGUUGAACACCGAUCUGCAUUCUUCUCACAUCAAAAAUAAAAUGACUUUACAAGAGUUCAUAGAAAACAACGCAGGGAUAGAUAACGGAAACGAUUUGCCAAAGGAGUAUAUGGUUAAACUGUUUGACGAAAUUGCUGACAAUGAAAUCAAGUUACAAUCAGAACAGCACCAAGCGAUGCUCUCGGGCGAUAUCAAUCCUACACAACAGCAGCAAUCUGCUUUCAAUUUCUUCAACAGUCGUGAUCUCAACAGAGAAGCUUAUAUGCAGGUUUCCAAAGAGAUUUCGUCGAAGACGGAAUUGGUUUUCAAAAAUUUGACGAAAUCUAAAGGUAAGGAUAACGAAGUUUUUUACGCUGCUUCCCAUAUUGAACAUGUGAAAUCCAUCUUCGACACUCUCUGGAUGUCAUUCCUUGCAGCGUUGACCCCUCCUUUCAAAGAAUACGAUGAUAUCGAGACUUCCAGCAUGUGUCUUGAGGGUAUUAAAAUCUCCAUCAAAAUCUCCUCGACUUUCGGGAUAGACUAUGCUAGACGAUCCUUCAUCGGUGCUCUAGUUCAAUUUGCAAAUCUUCAAAACGUUCAAGAAAUCAAAGUCAAGAAUGUCAAUGCUAUUAUUGUUCUACUGGAGGUUGCAUUGACGGAAGGUGACUUUUUAAGAGAAUCAUGGACAGAUGUCCUCGUAACUGUUUCUCAGGUGGAAAGGCUACAAUUGAUUUCUAAGGGUAUUGACGGCCAAACUCUGCCUGAUGUAUCUCAGGCAAGGUUGGCGAAUCACAGGAGCUCUUUUGAUUCAACAAGAUCGGCUUCGAUGGGGUUUUUUGAGAGAUGGACUAAAAGAUCGACACCAAUGGAGUUGGCACAAGAAAAACAUCAUAAUCAAAUUCUUUCACCCGAGAUUUCAAAGUUUAUCUCUUCAAGUCAGCUUGUGGUUCUCAUUGAUCGUAUAUUCACAAACAGUUCGAAUUUGACUGGUAACGCAAUCGUGGAUUUCAUUAAAUCCUUAACUGAGGUGUCUUUCGAAGAAAUAGAGUCCUCCCAGAAUGCAGCUAGUCCACGAAUGUUCUCAUUGCAGAAAAUGGUGGAUGUUUGCUACUACAAUAUGGACCGUAUUAGACUCGAAUGGUCUCCAAUUUGGGCUAUUAUGGGCGAAGCUUUCAACAAAAUCGGUACAAACUCAAAUCUUGCCGUUGUAUUCUUUGCCAUUGAUUCGCUACGCCAACUUUCUAUGAGAUUUUUGGACAUAGAAGAGUUAUCUGGAUUCGAAUUUCAGCACGAUUUCUUAAAGCCAUUCGCUUAUAUUAUAGAAAAUACCUCUGAUACAGAGGUACAAGAAAUGUGUCUCGAAUGCGCUCGAAACUUCAUUUUGACAAAAUCAAGCAAAAUCAAGUCCGGAUGGAAACCUAUUUUGGAAUCCUUGCAAUUUGCAGCCAAAUCCCCGGUUGAGACCAUUGUCUUAAAAACAUAUCAAUUAGCUACCAAUGACAUUGUUAAGAAUCAUUUCGAAAGCGUGUUUGCCCAGGAUAACUCGUUCUUGGAUUUGGUCGCUGUUUUCAAAGAAAUCACCAAGAACAAGAAAUUCCAGAAACUUUCUCUUCACUCCUUGGAAGUGCUAAAAAAAAUCACCCAAAAAGUAGCAGACAUCUGUUUCAUGGAUAAGAACGAAGCUUUAUUACACGGGAAGGAUCUGUUCCACGACGUUUGGUUCCCUGUUUUGUUCUGUUUCAACGACACCAUUAUGACAGCAGAAGAUUUGGAGGUGCGGUCACGUGCCCUGAACUACAUGUUCGAUGCGUUGGUAGAGUACGGCGGAGAAUUCGACGACAAAUUUUGGACUCAGAUCUGUACUAAGUUACUGUUCCCCAUCUUCGGUGUUUUGUCAAAGCACUGGGAAGUGAACCAGUUCAACAGCCAUGAUGACUUGUCCGUGUGGCUGUCGACCACGCUGAUCCAAGCCCUGCGGAACAUGAUUGCGCUGUUCACGCAUUACUUCGACUGCUUGAAUAAGAUGCUGGACGGGUUUUUGGGUCUUUUAGUGUCAUGCAUAUGCCAGGAGAACGACACGAUAGCGCGGAUUGGGAGAUCGUGCUUGCAACACUUGAUUUUGCAGAACAUGAGCAAGUUCCAGGAAAUCCACUGGAUUCAAAUCACCGACGCCUUCGGGAAGCUGUUCGAGUUGACCACGGCAACAGAGCUGUUUGAAUACGACCCUCUGCACCAGGGCAGACGGACCUCCGAGACGAUGGAUUCGAGCGCAAACUCACAGUCCGUGGACGAGGAAGUCGAAAGAGCACACAAAGAAGAAGGCGGCGAGGAUGUGGGCAACGCAAGCACCGAGGCAGACAAGCCGGUCAAGCGACUAGUGAAGACCAAGAGCAGCGAAGACCUCCGCGUGAGGAUCUCUGUCAAGAACGCGAUUGUCGUCAAGUGCGUGCUGCAAUUGCUGAUGAUCGAGUCGCUCAGCGAGUUGUUCGAGAAUGAGGAUUUCUCCAACUAUAUUCCAUAUAAGCAGGCCAUCAGCCUGACAAAUUUACUUGAGAAGUCGUACGAGUUCGCGCGCGACUUUAACGAAGAUUUCGGCCUGCGCUCCCGACUCGUGGAUGCCCGCGUCGUCGACAAGAUCCCUAACUUGCUCAAGCAGGAGACGAGCGCGUCGGCCGUGCUGAUCAACGUUAUGUUCAAGCUAUUCCUGAACAGCGAUUUCGACUCCGACGCCGACAAGAAGCAACUACUCGAUCGCCUGAUUUCCAUCUGCGUCCGCAUCGUCCAGAGAUACGUGUCGCUCGACGACCGCACCAUGGAGCGCAACAUCACGUCGUGGCGGCCUGUCGUGGUUGCUAUUCUACAGGGCUACUACGAAUUCGACGACGACGAUUUCAAGAACCAUUGUCCCCUCAUGUACGAUCUCGUCAUGCAGAUCUUGGACAAGAGCGUGCCAGCCGACCUGAGAUACGCCAUAAAGGUGUACUUGGUGAGAGUUGGAGAGCUAUAUUUGUAG